AUGUCGAAGCUUUCUAAGAAUAGAGGUGGGCAGCUUAUUGUGCCUCCUGGUAGGCAGCUUACUGCUCCGUUUAAUCUCACUAGCUACAUGACGCUGUUCCUGGCUGAAGACACUGAGAUCCUUGCCGUACAGGAUGAGAAGUUAUGGCCUCUGCUUCCUCCUUUACCUUCAUACGGCUAUGGAAGAGAGCAUUAUGGACCUCGUUAUGGUAGUUUCAUUCAUGGGCAGAAUCUCAAAGAUGUCGUUGUCACAGAUCUCGGAGAUUUUCACCAGUGGUGCAAGAGAAGGACGAAACUUUUGGAAGUCGUUGCGGAUCGUUGGAGAAGAUCGGAGUCGUCGCACCCCCAGAAACCAUGGCGGAAAGGCAAGCUGUGA